GUGGAGGGUUCUAGAAGGCGUGACGUGGGGGAUCGAAGCGGGUUCGGAGGCGGGUUCUUGUGGGCAGCGGCGGUGGCCGCCACUGCGGGACCUGAGGAUACACUAGCGACUGGGGUGGCGUACGCAGCCUCGUCUUGGAAGCCAUGGCGGCGCUCGGCCGGCCCUUCAGCGGCCUCCCUCUGAGUGGCAGCGCGGACUUCCUGCAGCCGUCGCCGGCCUUCGCGGGCCGGGCCUUCCCGCCAGGAGCCACCGGCCCCGACCUGGCCCCGCGGCCGGGCGCCCGCGUUGCUCCUAGCGGCCCAGGCGGGAGAGCAGCGCGCGGACGCAGUGUUUCCAUUCACUGUAGAAAGAAACACAAGCGAUUGGCGGAGGAUGAAGAGUGUCCAUUAAGAAAGAAGCGAUUGACUGAAGCUGAACUCUGUACAGUUGCUAAUGAAUGGGCUCUUGACACACACCAGAGUGUAGAAGGUCAUGGGGUAAACACGUGUCCUAGUGGCCUUUCUGUACCCAGCAUGCUAGAUGCUGUCUGUGAAGAAAUGGAUCAGACAACCACAGAAGCACAGUGUGAAGUUGCCCGCAGGAGGCUUCAAGAGAUUGAGGACAGGAUAAUUGACGAAGAUGAAGAGGUUGAAAGUGACAGAAAUGUUAGCCACCUCCCAAGUCUUGUCCUUUCAGACACCAUGAAAACGGGUUUGAAGAGGGAAUUUGAUGAAGUCUUCACAAAGAAGAUGAUUGAGUCCAUGAGCCGUCCUUCUAUGGAGCUUGUGCUCUGGAAACCUCUCCCUGAACUCCUUUCUGAGAAGCCAAAGCCAUCUUCUAACCCUAAGAACUACAUGGGAGAGAGCCAGACGAAGCGUGCAGCUGCCAGCACUGCCUUUCCACAGAGAACUGAACUGCUGCUAGAACCUCGGCACACAGACACACCACUUUUCCACACUCUGGAGACAGCUGCUAGCACAGAAGAGGAGAUGGAGCUCUAGAGACCAGUUUCUGCUCCGUCUUGGCAAGUUCUAGAAGGCUCCUGUGUUGAGUAAUGAGCCUGCCUGUAUAGUAUAGGGACCUGAAAGUUUUAUGAAAUGGGUGUAAUAUCUCCACCUGUGAUUUGGGGUGGGACUGUCAUUGUGGGUAGCCAUUUAUUGAAUUCAACUUUUUGCCAAGGAAGCUUAUCUCAAGGGAAAUACAGUUUUCUAACAGGCUUAUCCAAGAAAUGUUACAGUCUCUUUAAAGACAACCAUAGACACUGAAUGUGUUACAGUGACUUAAGUCAUCUGUCACAUUGUUGAAGCCAUUCAUUCUUAAGAUGAUUUUAUACAGAGGAAUGCUCCCAAUUGCCACUGUACCCUGACAGCAGAGUAUUGAGCUUCUUGUAGUGGUAACUGUAAGCUUGGGGAACAGGAGGGGAAAAAGCAGUAGUUUGGGUCUCUUGCAAAGGACUUGAAGGCACAAGGAAACUUGUGUUGGAGGCAGGUCGGUAUAGCUGUUAUUACUCAAGCAGUAGCCCUUGGUCUCCUCUAAUGGCUGAUAAGCUCAGUUGCUCAGUAAUGUUUACACCUCAGUUAACUUUAAGUCGUUGAUUAAAAGAAUGUGAGGUAACCUUUGUGUGACUCGCCGGUGAAAGAAAGGUCUUGAGGACGUGCAGUGACAGCUAAACCCAGCGUUGGUAACUUCUAGAGUUUAGAAAGGGAAGCUUACACUUGUAUUAGCAAGUUGAGUUUUUUAAAUGUUGGUUUUGAAACAGUGAAUUGGCUGAGAAUAAAUGGGCAAGUGUCUUGGAGAUUUAAUAGCUCAUUGUCCGGUGCUUAAGCUAUUGUACAGUAAGCCUAAAAGUUAGUAGGAGAUGGCUUCCUGCCAGCAGGAAAUCUUUACCCUUUGAGUACCCGAACCAGGCUCAAGGUGUUCUUUGGGUUAACCAGGGUUAAAGUUUUUAAUUUCUCAGGAAGAGCUCUUCAGCAUGGCAGGACAUGUAAUGAAGGCUUGGCAGCUCCUUCUGCGCUAUAGAGCAGUCUGUGUAAGGUGGUGGCUCUUUUCCACAGCAGAGCACCUCAGUUUUCAUUUUCUGGGGUUCUUCUCCCUUUGUAGGGGGAAGAAAAGAAAAAGAUUUAUGCCGAGUAGAGGUGAAUUUUUAGAAACUAGCUUCUAGGCAUUUUUGCAACCCAUGCUGAAAUCCCUCCUGUGGACGGCAUAGAAGUCAAGUCUGUCCGGUGGACUGUUUCUUUUGCCUAUUCUUUCUCUCUCUCUUUCUGUCUGGAUGUCAGGAAAAGGUGUAAUGUUUAAUAUUUAAACAAAAAAAUAUUUAUGUCUACACAAUAAAAUUACUCCAGCUUCAAAGCAGUAUUGAAACCAGGUGGAAACCAGCUAAUUGUUUGUUCCCCUGAGACUCAGAGGUGAGCGAAACUGUCUUCUUCUGUUGAAAUGUGCAAAUGUUUGGCUCAUGUCAUUUGAAAAACUCCUGACUUGUUUAAUGGGACCAACGUGUAAAGUUUUAUAGCCUUAAAGAAAUAUUUAUGCUAAGACAUCUUAUCUUAGUACAAUUUAGAAGCAUGCAGGGACUGUCCAGAGUUUGGAGUUAGCCCGUGUUAGAGUGGGAAGGAAGUGACAGCUUUCCAGAGGGCACAGACACCAGGGCCACCUCUCAUCAAAGGCCUGAAGUGGCUUUGAAGCAUUUGGUAACCACUGAAGAGAAGAGGCGGCUUUUAACCAAGACACACACAGAACUUUUCAGGAGUCCUUAUCUGACAUGACCCUUAUUUCUGCAGGAAAGUGAUGUUUCAUGCUCCUUUGCGGACUUUAUCUUCUUGCACAUGUUUGUACAAAAAGUCUUGUUCAUCCUUGUGGUGCUGACUCAUCUGUUUCCAUGGCCCCAAUGCCUCUGUGUCCUGUUUUCUAGCAUAAGGCUUUGGCUUUGCCUUAAGGUUUUCCUAGGGAAUUAACACGUCUUUUCAUCUUGUAUAGUUUUUAAAGCACGGAUCAAACACUGCUCUGUAUGCUAAUGUGUGAAGGUCAGCAGUUAUCUAAAGCAGGUGAGCGUCAAUGAACAAAUGUGUGUUUCUCCCAGUUUGAGUCAGGUGUGUUGGGGUUUGUUUUGUUUCUUUUUGGAUUCUUAGUUUGGGUUUUUGUUGUUCUUAAUAUGAAGAAAUAAUGAGAAUCCAGUUCUCAAUAAUUUAAAUCAUUCAAAAACUGCUCAUUCUGAAACGAUAAAAUAUAAAAUUUAAAAACAAGUAGGACAGGAAGGACUUAGACUAAGUAACUGCAGGGGAACAUUAACCAGCAGGUUCAUUUGCUACUCUGGAUCUGGACCCUAACUUUAAUAGUGACAAGAAUGAUACAAUAGCCGGGCGGUGGUGGCGCACGCCUUUAAUCCCAGCACUCGGGAGGCAGAGGCAGG